AGUUUUAUCACGUGUGAAAAAUGUUCACGAAUAAUUUCAGGAGUUUUGUGGAUUUGGCGACUCUGACGCUUCACCGCCGUCAUGAGAUGGAAGGCAGGAUCAGCGUCUUGGCUGGAAAAUGCGACCAAGCCAUCAAUAACAUAAGAAAGUUAAAGGCGCAGAGUCGUACACUUGUGAACCACCUGAACUGCGAGCCGUCCGAGCUGAAGGAACGGUUCCUGUCAUGCAUGAACAAGUUGGACGAGUACAUCUAUCUCAUCACCGAGUUCAACCUGUCUAUUGAUAACAUUGAAAAGCAUGAGAGCAUUGAGAUAGCGCCAGUGCAGGACAACUCUUACAAGAACUACCCAGUGAUGACUCCGACGAAUCUCAUGGAUGUGCUCAGCGAAGCUGCUCCCACCACGUCCACCGCCUGCGCUAACUUCUGUCCAGCUGAAAAAGAAAAGCUGCCAACCCGCCGGCGACCGAGGCGAGAGCAGCUGCUCAUAGCAUUCUCCAGCACUUCGUGCUCCAACGAGAGUGUGGGCAACAACACACUCGAGAAAGAGGUCCAGUGUGUAGCCGCAGACAUUCAGGAUCUAAACAUCGCAGAUCCUAAAGCCCUGGUGACCCUGCCACAGCAGACAAUUCUCGACACGGACACGGUGUACGAAGCAUCCAUAUAUUCCGUCGACGGUUCCACAUUCUGGAUAGUUGUGGAGCAGGCUGGUGCCUAUAAUUUACUCCAAGAGAUGACAGCAUACUACUCCGAAGACAAGAACCUGGUAUCUGUGAACCUGGAUGACCUGCCCAACUUCACCUGCUGCGUCUACCACGACGCGGAGGACACCCAGGGGUACUUCCGGGCCAUGUUCAUCAGGGUCGAGGGUACAAACAAGGAGGAAGUGUUCCUAGUGGACACAGGUGAACAGCGGCCAGUAACAUCGAGCUGCAUACAACCGUUGGCGCCCGAGUUCUGUGUAUCGCCGCCGUACGCACACUGCUGCCAUCUAGCGGACGUGGAAUUCGUGAGCACCAAGACAGACGAGAUAGAAGAAUUCCUCAAGCAGUACUUGGGGAAGCCUUUCACAAUGAAAAUAGACGAUAAUUCAUCGGAAUCCCUGGGUGUGUACCUGUUUGUAGACGAUGAGAACACGCUCAACGAUUUGCUGCUGCAAGAGGGACUAGCCACCGCCCUGGACAAGCCGGUUCGUACGGAGCAGCAAGCUGCAGCACCAACCCGCGGCCCGCCGGAGCUGCGCACCUCCAGCGAGCACUACUACAGCGGGCCCGAGCAUGAGAACCCCGUGGAGGCCGUCACAGUGAUGGACAAGCCGGCUCGUACAGAGCAGCCAGCUGCAGCACCAACCCGCGGCCCGCCGGAGCUGCGCACCUCCAGCGAGCACUACUACAGCGGGCCCGAGCAUGAGAACCCCGUGGAGGCCGUCACAGUGAUGGACAAGCCGGCUCGUAUAGAGCAGCCAGCUGCAGCACCAACCCGCGGCCCGCCGGAGCUGCGCACCUCCAGCGAGCACUACUACAGCGGGCCCGAGCAUGAGAACCCCGUGGAGGCCGUCACAGUGAUGGACAAGCCGGCUCGUACAGAGCAGCCAGCUGCAGCACCAACCCGCGGCCCGCCGGAGCUGCGCACCUCCAGCGAGCACUACUACAGCGGGUCCGAACAUGAGAACCCCGUGGAAGCCGUCACUGGUUACAACAAUCGCGACGAAAUGGACAUCUGCAAGCACUAUACAGGGGGGUCGGAGAAGACGUGCUUCAAGGGUAGCCGCUGCAAGAAGCGACACGUUAUGAAACACCCUGAUGGCUGGACACUAGAUCGUGUACCGACUCCGAAAUGCCGUCCUCCCGUCCUGCCCGCACCCGGCACGUGGCACAAAGUAGUCGUCACGUACGUCUGCCACUUCGACCGGCUCUACGUCAUGUUCCAACAAGAACCGCCUAAAGAGGAGCUGCCCACUUUCGGUCUGGUGCUGCCGCCCGUGACCCUGGCGGCGCUCAUACGGGACAUGAACAGCCCCGCCACCUGCGCCGCCCACAGACCGUUGCAGACGGCGCCGGCGCCGGGCGAGCUGGUGGCGGCGCAGUACCGCGACCGCCAGUGGUACCGCGCACGCGUCAUCUGCGCCACGCCGCCCGACCAAAACGUCGAGGUGAUGUACAUAGACUACGGCAACGUCUUAUCCGUGAAAGAAAACGAGGUAAUGGAGCUAGAACCUCGCUUCGCCGUGCUGCCGGCCCAGGCCGUGCUGUGCCGGCUAGCCGGCGUGGACAAGCUCAGCGACGACCGCCGCACCUGGGUCACGGCCAAGCAGAGGCUAUCCAGUCUAGCGCAGGACCAGACCAUGGAGGCGCAUAUCAUCGCCCGCGGCUACGACGAGCUCACAGUGGAGCUGUUCGACGCGCAGGGCUCCAACCUCGCCGCCCAGCUCGCGGCCGGCGGCGCCGUCUCCUACACCCGCGGCUACGAGCUCGAGGACGACUCCAAGCGGCGCUACCAUCUAGUGCAGGCCUGACGGCGAAAAAUAGCUAAAAUAUUCACAGAGUUCAAUGAACAUAGCUUCAGAUUCUGAUAAUAAGCGUUGUAAACACCAAAAACGAUCGAUUCCAGUAAUAAGUUUGUUAGAUUCCAAAAAUAAUCACCAGAUUCCAAGAAUAAUUACACCAUAUUCCAAAAGAUAAUUUUAGCAGAUUCCAAAAAUAAUAGCAUUUUAGUCUAAAACAAGGUUCCAAAAGCUAGAUGUUCUAAAAUUACUUCUUCGGGUUCCAAUAAUCUAGCCACUAAGAGUGACAGAGAUAGCAGUACUGCGUCGCGCUCUAAUCGCUGUAGAUCUAUUCGACCUGCAACAAAUGAUUGCACUGUAGUCCAAAACUAGAUUCAUUGACCGCCGGCGUUAUCGGCGCGACAACAAUAUAAUAUAUAUGCGCGUGCGAUAGAGAUAGGAACAGGCUAGGCUGGUCAAUGUACGAAAUUCAACGUGCUUAGUGUCCUUACUUUGGUAAGAGACGAGCGAUAUAUCAUGUCAUGUCUUAGGGUGGUAUUCCACCUAUCCAAUUCCUUUGUCCAAUGUGUAUUGCGUCUCACAUUUUGCUUUAAUGAGAGAGUGAGACGCACUGAGUUUGGACAAAGAAAUUGGAAAUACCACCCUUACACGAUACACUUGUUCAUUAUACACAUGCAGAUUCCAAACAUAGCAUAGAGAUGCUAUAAAUAAUAAAUUGACCAUAUUCCACACAUAAUAUAAUUAAUAUAUAAUAAGAUU